AUGUCAGGAUCUGCUGUUGAAGCCUAUCAUGCCGCCGCCGGAGCACUCCCUACAAGUCAAAAUGGCCAAGCUCGUUACAAACCAAGCGCCGAGGCUUCGUCUUCAGCAGUAAAGAGCAACGCCGUCGUCGAUCAGCCAGUACAAAAGAGACACCAGAGAAUUGUUUUAGCCGAUCCGGUCGCCCUCAUAUACCUAGAAGAAGAUCCAUCGACGACCGUUCUCCAUCGUCGGACAACCUUACAAGGAUACGAAAUCUACAUCGUCGAGCAAUGGGCAUGCUCUCGAGUGCACCCCACCUUCAUAAUCGCCACUUAUACGGGCGACCCUACCCAUCAUAUAGAUGUCGGAGUUCUCGGUGUCCCGACGGAUAGCGAUAGCUGGUCGCCUCGUCUCAAGCUAUACUUCGAUGCCGUGCAACAGUAUCAUGCUGCAGCGAAGGAAACGCCGUUGGGAACGUUGAUGGUAACGAAUUUGAGUGCUUUCCCUUCUGCACUCACAGUCAUUGCGAUUCCAGAUGGUGAUAUGAGAAAGAACAGGGAAAAUUUCAUUGUAAAUGAGGAUCUGAAGCGUUUGGGAUGCGCCGGACGUGCAAGCCUGAAACUGCAACAACCGUCUCCAGUAGUGGAAGUCAAGUUCUAUCAGCUGUAUAAGACGAGUGACCGGGUACCUUUAUAUCCAGCGGUCAUGGAGCUCGUCAAGCAAUGCCAGCUUGCGCUUACCAUAUUUGACAAGCUCGCACCCGAAUAUGCAGACGGCCUAUUGUGUGAUGUUACGGAAAAAGCAAUAGGUGAUUGGUGGGCAGAUAUUGGCACAGACUUGUAUAACAUUGAACCCAGUGAUGGUAUAUUAGGUGUAACCACCGUUGCGGCACUGCUGGGUGCACUGCUGGGCGCCCGAAAUCGGUUACACGCAGUUGGAGCACCCGUCCCAAAAGACGUCUUUGACUUGUCAGGCAUGAAACGGGGGGUUGGUAGUUUUCAAAAGUCACAGAAACUUGCUCGAACGCGACGAUUAGAUCGGGAUACAUUAGACAGACUUCACAGAGUCAGUCAGAAGUCGACAAACUCUGAACGCUGGGCUGGAGCCGUCAAAUCUACUGUUGCUGAACUUAGUGGAAAAGGCGGCGAGAUGGUCAUGGGAAUGGUCGGUCGAGAAAAAGGCGGCAUAUCCGAUAUCGAAACCCUGGACUUGGAACGAUUUGCCCAGCUAGUCUACGGCGAAAGAGCCCGAUGGCUCUGGCAGGGAAAACCUCUGAAAAGCUCGCUCAACCACGGUUUAGAAAGUGCUUCACGUGCAGAGGAUCUUGCUUUCACGACGGACGACCAGGGCAGUUACUUUUGGGCUGGUCGCAAGCGAUAUGCUGGUUCAGACUCGGGCGCUGAUCGUGUGGCGCAAGAUAAUGACAGCACGAAGCGUCCUCAUGAACUCGUGCCAGCCGUGGAAGAUAAGGAUUUGAACUUGGGACGCAUCGUUUCGCGUAGUCUUACAGAAAAGGUAUCGGAUGCGCGGGCUGGUUUCGGCAGGUUCAAAGACGCUGUUGGUAUACCCAGUCGCCGUACUCAUCAGCCUCAGUCUCACAACCAUCAUCGCCACCGACAAAAAGACUCUGUGAACCUUGAUAUGCUUGACCCUACUGUCGGCGAGAGCGAAGUCGAUCAAAAUGGUGCUGUUGUCGAUGAAAAAGACUUUGGUCAUAUACCUGAAGAGAGUAUCGACGCCCCACCAACACAAAACCUAAUACAAACACCUAGGGUGAGUAAGGUAUCAAUAUCUUCGAGGAAAUUAUCGGAUGCCAGAGUGAUGCCACCAGAAAUUCAUAUUGUACCAGAAUCGCCUCCACUCGCAGAAACGAACAAGCAGGAUUUAUCACCCAUACCUGCACAGGCAGAAGAAGUUACUACCCAAGAAGGUGAAGGGCAAGAUGAAGAAAUCAAAGAUCUCGAACUGAUCAAUACCCGGUCAACCGAAGUGCCUACUGAACAAGACACAUCAACAAUGUUCAGAUGUCUACGCCGGUCACAGAGUUUUCCUGAUGAGAGAACUAGCACGUCAGCGUCAUUCGCAAAAAAAGGUCGAUGGCCUCGUCAUUUAUCCUUCAGUACGGUAGAGGAAGUCGUUCUUGUCUGGGAAGGUUUCAAGACCGUAACAACAGCUGAACCCGACAAAGCACCCGUUAAAUCUUUGGAAGAUUCGAUUCUCCAGGAAUGCGUGCUCCUGUCUGAUGCACAAGCUUUCAGUUCCGGAGUCUUGGAUCUGAGUCAGCAAACGGUGCCCUGGGUUGAGGAGCAAGUUGCCUCAGUAGAGUUCCUACAUAGCAAGGCCAAUGCUCUUUCAGAGGAACUAGGGUAUUUGUAUCCAGAGCGUAUAGAAGAUAUCCAAGAACUUCGAGAGCGCACUAAUCAGGUAUUGGGAGAUGAAGGCUCGCGCUUGACCGAAGAAAUGAAGAAGAUUGAGCUAUUGGGAGCCAAGCUGGAUUACGAGUUGAAUGUCCUGGAAUCCAAAAUCGAAGAUGUCGAGGAGGGUUUACAGGAGUUUCAACGACAUGUUGACGUUGUCGAGAACCGGAUCAGGGGUCUAGUUCAGGGAGAGAAAAAGAACGGUACCUCGUGGUUUUCGUGGGCUGGCCGUAAAUUCGGUCGUUUCUAA